GCAAAGUUUGUCCCAGAUGUUCUUUGUCUUUCUGCUUGGUCUUCAAAGAGUCCUAAAAAGGUAAUUUUUCCAGGUAUCUUUGUGUUUAGCAUUGCAGCCAAAGAGUAUUUAAAUUAAGUCUUUGCUGCACUUAAACCGAUGCCCAGCCAAAAUGGAACUUUAGGCCAAGUACAGUCUUCUGUUUAUACAGAACACAUUAAUGAUCAAGCUGGAUUACUCCUCUUUGGUGCUCUCAAUUUAUGUGGAAGAUCUGCAGAUCAACAUAGGCUGGCCAGAUAAACACUGUCGGAAAUCUCAGACGUGCCCAUAAGUCAAUGCUGCAUUUUUCUGUCAGAGUCACACGUGUUCUGGAGAGGAUCGGCUAUCUGAGUGACGAGGGUAUAAACCAAAUAGAAAGCCCUGCUACACACUAGCCUCUCCUUCCUGUCGCCAGAAGCACGUGUAGGUCUUCCUGAAGUCUGCCCUUUGCUCCCUCUCCAAACCUGGAUUUGGGCUUUGCUUUGGAAUAAAUGUGAGUCGAUGUGUUGUUAGUCCGGACUCAAAUCCACACAGGGUCACUUGAUAAUCACAGCCAUAGAAACGCAGAUACAAGCUACUGCCUUCACCCUUUCCUGUCCUCAGGUGCGUCUCACGUAUCAGUAGCCUUUUUCUUUCUUCUUUUUACUGACUCCUGUCAGUAUAUAAGUGAAAGAUUAAACUAAUACAGAAAAGGUGUAUUAAGUGUAUUCUUAGGGUAAGGAGCCCAGAUGGAGAGGCUCAUGGCGAGGCUGAGGAAUUGUUGUGUACUAAGUUUCCCUCCGUUUCUCUUCAGUCUGGUGCCAGGCAGUAGAGUGGAAAAGGAGGCUAUUUUUUUAUUCUAUAUGCACACAUACAAUAUCAUAUAUAUUUAUAUCACAAUUUACAGAACCAAAAAGUUGAGUUUCCAAUGAAAUAUUUGUUUUUUUAAUAAUCAGCUUGUUUUUAAAUGUGAUCUGAACUAUAUAAUGUACAGUUAUUACAGGGCUUUUGAAGAAGGGGCGGGAGGGAGAAGCUACUCUGAGGGUUUUGUUCUGCUUUUCCUUCAGGGUUUUAUUUUUGAUUGUUUUUUCUUGUUAGCCAUCUGUGCUAAGCCUUACAGUGGCAAAAAUAAUGACAUGUAGCAAAGAUUUUAAAACAAAGUAUUUUUCUUUUAUAAAGUUUAUUGUGUUGUGUGAUGUUGUUUGCGGCUUCAUUAUCCCCUUCCAGCUCAUAAAUAACAGACAUGCGCAACUAAAUGAAUCCCUAAUUGGGCUCCAGACACAUAAGCAUAAAGCAUAGUUGAGUUGAUUUCGGGAAUUAGAGAUCAUAGGGCCCUGAUCACUCAGCCCCCUGUUCCUCACUUACCUCCUGAUCCUGACACAUUGUGAGUAAUGUCAGUAGUCACACUCUGGGAGUGGGGGCUGUCUAGUCUCUUAGAAGUUGCUGGGAAGAGCUCUUGGAACUUGAAGUCACUGGGGGACAUCUGGAUGUCUUUUCCCCCCGUAUGUCCUCCCAAUUAGAAGGUGGUUAGAGAAAUGAGGGAAUUGUCAAUGAUAAACUUUGAAUAUGGAUCUGGGCUCCCUCUACAUCCAUGGUUUGCCUUGAAAUCCAAAGGCAAACCUGGGCUCUGGAAUUGGGGUCUACGUGAGGAAUCCAGCUUGAAAUGGAAUCUAGAUUUGUGGUAAUAUCCUUUUUAUUCCAGGAUCCCUCAUUUUCUAAUUUCUCACAUCUGUUUAUGGAAAGAAAUGGAGUUUAGGGUUAUGGUUGGCUGAGCUAGAGUCUUAUGAUCUGCCACAUGCAUGGGUUUUGGGGAAGCAUUUGGAGAAGGUCUUGUGACUGGGUCUAGUUGGGGGUUUUAAUAAUUGAGAUGCAGUGCUCAUCAGAUCCUCCCAUCUGAGAGUUUGACGGUAGAGUCACAUGUGUGUCCGUCAGCCUGUUAAUGCUGAUUCCGGUGUUGUAAAUAAUUAGGUGCUACAUUGGGUUGCUUUCUUUCUUAGUGCUGUGGCCGCUGAGCCCUGGGCCUCAUACUGUUUGGCAAGCACACCACCACUGAGUUAUGUUCCUCUUUUUUUAACUUUUCAGUUUUCGACAGGAUCUAGGGUGGGCUUGACCUUGUGAGUCUGCUCUUAUUUGUUAGAGACAGCAUCUCACUGUAUAACCCUGGCUGGCUUCAGACUCACUCUGUAGACUGGCCUGGCCUGACCACAGAGAACCUGUGCCAGGGGGAAAGGUGUGCCCACAGCCAGCUUUGAUUUUACUUCAGCUUCUUAGUGUGUGCACCACCACAUGCACUCAACUUCCUGACCGCUCCUACCCCAUUUCACGCUGACUUUCUGCACAGCCAUGUGGGUUAGAGCAGCUGCUCCCUCCCAGAAGCAGUAACACUAGCCAGGAGUCACAAAUUUUUUUAAAUGUUUAAAUUGGAGCCUUAUAUGCCACAUAUUACUCUUGUCUAGCCUUUGGUGUCCCCCUUCCCCUCCGUGUGUGCUCACACACUGCUCAGUGCCUGCUGUCAUCUCAGAAGAUCUGACACAAAGUUGAAAAUGGUUCAGGGUAAGGGGAUUGGUCCAUGACUGCAAGGGUAGAAAAAGAUGGAAUUCUCCAAGAAGACAUUUGAGGAAGGAUGGAGACAGCUGGGGCUGUGUCCUUUUAUUUCCUCUCCAAAGCCUCAGUUGGAAUAAUGUGCUGUCUUAUUUUCCCCCCAAAGACAGUCAGAUGAAGCAGAACAUUUAGCAGCUCUCAGGAACAUUGUGCAAAUGCGUGUCCAUCCUUCCACCCUAACCCCCCUUUCUCAUCCUAUCCCUGCCUCCCUCCCUUAUCCAAAUUUUCCAGCCACCGCUGGAGUUGACUUCCGCAAUCCUGAUGGAUAAAUGUAGCACCCUUAGUCUUCUGCUCACAGUAACCACACGUCCUGUCUGAAAGGAGCCUAGACAGCAGAUUCUCAACCACAGGAUGUGGGUGUUCAAGUUUCUACUGCUACCCGUGUUGAGCUUUGCUCUCUACCCUGAGGAAAUGCUGGAUACCCAGUGGGAGCUAUGGAAGAAGACCCACAGGAAGCAGUAUAACAGCAAGGUAGAUGAAAUCUCUCGGCGUUUAAUUUGGGAAAAAAACCUGAAGCAUAUUUCCAUCCAUAAUCUUGAGGCCUCUCUUGGUGUUCAUACAUAUGAAUUGGCCAUGAAUCACUUGGGAGACAUGACCAGUGAGGAAGUGGUUCAGAAGAUGACAGGACUCAGAUUACCACCACCCUCUCAGUCCCACAGUAACGACACUCUCUACAUCCCAGAGUGGGAGGGCAGAGCCCCCGACGCCAUCGACUAUCGAAAGAAAGGAUAUGUUACUCCGGUCAAAAAUCAGGGUGACUGUGGUUCCUGUUGGGCUUUUAGCUCUGCAGGUGCCCUGGAGGGCCAGCUCAAGAAGAAGACUGGCAAACUCUUAAAUCUGAGUCCUCAGAACCUUGUGGAUUGUGUGUCUGAGAAUUAUGGCUGUGGGGGCGGCUAUAUGACCACUGCCUUCCGCUAUGUGCAGACGAAUGGGGGCAUUGACUCUGAAGAUGCUUAUCCAUACGUGGGGCAGGAUCAAAGUUGUAUGUACAACCCGACAGCAAAGGCAGCUAAAUGCAGAGGGUACCGAGAGAUUCCUGUGGGGAACGAGAAGGCCCUGAAGAGAGCAGUGGCUCGGGUGGGGCCUAUCUCUGUGUCAAUUGAUGCGAGCUUGACAUCUUUCCAGUUUUACAGCAGAGGUGUGUACUAUGAUGAAAACUGCGACCGUGAAAAUGUGAACCAUGCAGUGUUGGUGGUGGGCUAUGGCGUGCAAAAGGGAAACAAGCACUGGAUAAUUAAAAACAGCUGGGGAGAAAGAUGGGGAAACAAAGGAUAUAUUCUCUUGGCUCGGAAUAAAAACAAUGCCUGUGGCAUUACCAACCUGGCCAGUUUCCCCAAGAUGUGAUCCAGCCAGCCUAGACGUCCAGUUCUCCCGUUCCUUCUUCCAUGGCGCCAUGUGGUGGUGUAUUUGGAAGGGGGUUGAGAAAGCACUGCUGAGUGGGCGUGCUCCUGGUGACACCUCUGUAGCUGUCCCUCUCUCCACCCCGUUCUCCGAAAGUUGUCAUCUCUGAGGCUAAGAUCUGGUCCCGACUCACUGGGUUCUGCUGUCUGAGGGCUGAUCCUGUGUAGACAAACAGUGGAGAUCUCCAGCAGGCUGGAGUGACCUCCCCAAGUCCCUGUCUCCAGUGCCAAGAUUCACAAACCUGUUCAUAAUUCUCUGAUAUAUUUGCAUGAUAUAAGAAAUGUGUGUUCUUUCCCUUCUUUGCAUUUGAAAUAAAGUAUCUCAUUUACAAUUUAAUAAAUUACAUUGUAUCCACACUCACA